CUUCCCCAGCCUGUUUCCCCAGUUCACAGUGGCAUCACCAUGAAGCCCUCCCACGCCCUUGCCGCCACGCUUUACGGCACGGUUGCUCACGCUGUCCAGAGCACUCUGUCAGCUCAGCAGGAUGACUUUGAUGUGCUGGACUAUAUAGAUCCAUUUAUUGGAACGGCGAAUGGCGGGCACGUAUUCGCCGGCGCAACAUUGCCUUACGGAAUGGCCAAGUCCGUCGCCGACACCAUCGGCGAAAACCAAGCUGGAUUUGCCUAUGACGAUGAUACCGUCUACGGCUUCAGUCAUCAACAUGAUGAUGGAACCGGCGGAGGAGCCUCCAUGGGCAACUUCCCCAUCUUUGCGCAGUCGUGUUUAGACCUUAGUCACUGCAAAUGGCAGCAGUCAGACAGGGCGGUCACUUGGAACCAGACUGCGCCCAAGGCCUAUCCCGGAUACUUCGGGAUCCAUCUGUCGAAUGGCGUGCAUGCCGAGAUGACAGUGACGAAUCGGUCGGCUUUGUACAGGUUCACGCUCAAUGGCACCAGUCCGCUGAUCUUGAUGGAUCUGAUGGAUCUGCCGCAGUCUCGAACCAAAGGGACGGCUGCGAUUGAUAAAACGGGUAGGAUGACAGGCAGUGGUCGGUUUAGCCCGAGCUUUGGGGAAGGCCAUUAUAAUUCCUUUGUCUGUGUAGACUUCAAGGGCGCCGAGGUCCGCGAGGUUGGCACUUGGAUGAACAACCAGCCAAUGAACAAGACUUCUCUUCACCUCGAUGGAACAGUCUCGGCGGGUAGUCUCUCAGGCGGGACCUUUGCUCGGUUCCACGGGUCAAGCUCGAUUCUUGCUCGUGUGGGCGUGAGUUUCAUUAGCACUGACCAAGCAUGUCACAAUGCCGAGACCGAGCAGCCGAACUUCGAUUUCGAAGCUACUGUCGCCGCGGCGAAGACUGCAUGGAGGAAAAAGCUUAGUACUAUCUCUAUCAAAGCAGAUGGAGUUUCGAAGGAGCUGCAGACGAUCUUCUGGAGCGGUGCAUAUCGCACGAUGAUCAGCCCCCAGGACUAUACAGGGGAGAACCCGCUGUGGUCAAGUGACGAGCCGUACUUUGAUAGCUACUAUUGCAUAUGGGAUUCUUUCAGAAGCAUACACCCGCUCUUAACCCUGAUGGAUCCACAGGCCCAGUCCCUGAUGUUGCGCAGUCUUGUCGACAUUUAUCGCAAUGAAGGAUACCUCCCUGAUUGUAGAAUGUCGCUUUGCAAAGGUGAAUAUCUCCGGCUGGACUUUGAGUUCACUAAGCCCUGUUACACCCAAGGAGGCUCCAAUGCCGAUACAGUCCUAGCGGAUGCCUAUUUGAAGAAGAUUCCUGGCAUCGACUGGGCUACUGCUUACGAAGCUGUUGUGAAAGACGCCGAGGUCGAACCCGCAAAUUGGGACAUCGAAGGACGCGGCGGCCUUGCGCACUGGAAGCAGCUGGGCUAUAUUCCCACUUACGAUCACGACACUCUUGGGACGGGCACUCAUACGCGCAGUAUCUCAAGAACCGUGGAGUACGCAUACAACGACUUCUGCAUUGCUGAGAUGGCCAAGGGGCUGGGCCACUCCGCUGACUACGAGAAAUACCUCAACCGCUCUGGAAACUGGAUAAACAUGUACAAGUCAGACCAGUCCUCCAGCAUUCAAGGCGUUAAUACCAACUUCACCGGCUUUCUGCAACCUCGAUACAUGAACGGCACAUGGGGCUACCAGGACCCAAUCUUUUGCAGCCCUCUCUUGAACUUCACAUCCUGCUAUCUCAAUCCCGAUGGCCACGAGACGUACGAAGGAAGCGCCUGGCUGUACACCUUCUACGCUCCGCACGACAUGGGAUCGCUGAUCAAGGCCCUCGGCGGCAAGGAGUCCUUCACGCGACGCCUGGAGUAUUUGCACGAGUCUGGCCUGCUGUACGUUGGCGACGAGCAGGCCUUCCUGACAAUCUUCCAAUUCCACUACUCAGGCAGGCCAGCCCUAUCAGCCAAGUACAGCCAUUUCUACAUUCCAUCCAAGUUCAACACGACAGUUGCCGGCCUUGCUGGUAAUGACGACAGCGGCGCGAUGGGCUCAUACAUCGUGCUAAGCAUGAUCGGCCCGUACUUCAAGGAGGCGAGCAUCAAGAACGCCAUCACCGGCAAAAUUGCCACGAUUCGUAACGUGAAUUUCGACCCGAGCUACAAGGCGAUCUACAUCCAGAGCGCUAAGCUGAAUGGAAAGACUUGGACGAAAAACUGGGUGACCCAUGACUUUUUCACCAAUGGUGGGACACUGGAACUUACGCUGGGAGAAGAAGAGUCGGACUGGGGCACUGCCAACGAGGACCUGCCUCCGAGUAUCUCGGACUAUUCAGAUUAG